ACUCAUUAUUGUUAUUGCAAUUAUUCUACAAUAUUAUGGUUGAUAUAUUAAGUUAUUAAAUUGUUUAACCAAUUGUAAACGAUUAAUUUAUAUAAAUAUGGUGAAAGCAAAGAAAAACAAGAAGGCUCUAGCGGACCGAGUGUAUGCAUCGAAAAGUAGUGCCGAAGCGAAAGUAAAUCCAUUUGCUACAGCAAAACCGGCGACCUCGAAGAGAUUGAAUCCUUUCGAAGUUCACGUAAACAAAGAGAAGUUCCAAAUUUUGGGGCGUACUUGUAAACAUGAUAAAGGCUUGCCGGGUGUAUCACGUGCUAAAGCCGUUAAAAAGCGCAAAGAAACACUUGCAGUAGAGUAUCAAGACAAACAUAAAACAAAUAAAUUUCAUGAUCGUAGGAUAGGCAGAUUCCAAAACAGUGAACAAUUGAGUGAAGAUGUGAUAAAUGCACGUUUUGUUGCGGCAAGAGUAGAGCAGCUUAAGCAAAGCAAGGCAUCAAGGUUUAACUUGAAUGAUGAUGAGAUAUUAACACAUCGUGGUCAAACACUGGAAGAUAUUGAACAGUUUCGAGACGAACGCUCUGACGAUGAAGAUUUGGAUGAUGAAAAGCUUAAUGCUGAAUUUACUGAAGCUGCACACUUCGGCGGAGAUCCAGAAUUGUCAAAGGAUCGACAGACGGCUAUAGAAGAUAUGAUAGCCGAACAGAAACGACGAAAAAUUGAGAUAGCUAAAGAAAAGGAUGAAAUCCAUGAUUUAACGGAAAAGCUAGAUUCUAAUUAUAAAGAACUGCUUGGUAUAGUAGAUAAAUUGUCAAAGAAGGAAAUGCUGGAAAAGCCGAAGCCCGAUGACUAUGACAAAGCUUUAAAAGAAAUGAUCUUCGAGCCAAGAGGCGUGGUUACUGAUAAACUUUUAUCUGAAGAAGAUUUAGCUAAAAAAGAAAAGGAAAGAUUAGAAGAACUAGAAAAAGAGCGUUUAAGACGAAUGAGAGGCGAAGGAGAUGAAGUAGAAGUUAAGUCUAAAGCAACAAAUCAUCGAUCCGCAGAUGCGUUAGACGAUGGGUAUUUCGGUUAUGCAGUAGAAGAAGAGGGUGAUACGUUGGCAUAUACUUUAGAUGGUGAAUUAGGAACAAAAUCAAUAGAAUACGAUUCAAAGGAACUGGAGGAAGAGUCUGUCGAAGUUGAUGAUAAUGAAGAUGAAGAGAAUGUGGAAAGUGGUGAGGAAGAGGAUGAAGGAGAAGAAGAUGAAUCAGAUGAUAAUAAUUCAAGUGCUGAAGAUGAAGAUGAGGAUAAUUUAAGCGAUUUGAAAGUUAGUGAUUCGGAAUCGGAAGUCGAAGAUAGGGAAAACAUAGCUUUACCGCAAAAAGAGGAUCGUGAAACAACUGCAGACAGUAAGAAACCGAAGCCCGAUCUAGAGAAAUAUCCGGAUCUGCCCUAUACAAUGGAUAUACCCAGUAACUAUGACGAGUUCCAUAAACUAAUAAGUAAACGUAAGCCAAUAGAACAGGGUGUAAUAAUCGAUCGUCUUAUAAAAUGCAAUCAUCCAAAACUGGAUGGCAUAAACAAUAAAGAAAAGAUGAUAAAACUUUUCGCUUAUCUAUUACAAUAUGUAAAUGAGUCAUUUACAGACGCCUCACAGGAUGAUAUAGCAACCCAGUUUCAAAUUUUGAAUAUACUUAAUCCCCACAUGUUCGAUUUGGUGCAAAUGAACCCAGAAAAAAUGUCUCAGACGCUUUUGGACGUUAUCACAGAGAAAUAUGCUGAUUACCGGAAAAACGUUAAAUUAUUCCCACCACUAGAAACACUUAUAUUCUUCAAACUGGUAUCGAACUACUGCAGCACUUCAGAUUUUCGCCAUGCAGUUGUAACACCCUGCUACAUAUUCAUACAACAUAUCUUAUCUAAAGCUCGAGUGAGAACGCGGCAAGAAAUCGCUGGUGGUUUAUUUUUAGUAACCGUUGCAUUUGAAUUCUCCCGUCUGUCUAAACGUUUCCUGCCAGCAGUGAACAACUUUUUGCUAGGCAUUGUGUAUUUGAGUAUACCGAAAAGAGCUGUGGAAACAAUCAAAAUUGUGCCACCUUUCCAGAGCACUGGUCCCAUGAGCAAAUUAUUGGCUAUUGCGGAAAUCGAUGAUAAGGAAGCAAUGAAGGAAGAGUUAUUAAAAUCUGAAGAUUUGGUUUUGACUACUUUCUCCUUAGAUUUUAAAAUACGAGCUUUAAAUAUGGCACUCAAGCUUAUAAAAGACAUUUUUUCAAAUCUAGAAGAGAAUAUUGGGCCAAAUUAUUUCGCAUUGCCUUUUUUGGAAUUAUUCGAUCGAUUACCUUUAGAUAUUUAUCCCGAGUUUCUGCGUGAAAAUUUUAAUGCUGCAAAGGCUUUGCUGGAACGUGUUACUAAGCUAAAAUUAACAAAAAUCGUGCCACCCGAAAAGAAACCUAAAGCGCUGCGUCUACUCGAGCCGCGCAUAGAAGUUGUUUACGAUGACAAGCGACGACCACGCUUGACCAAGGAGAAGGAGGAACGAGCUAAGUUGAUUCAUAAGAUACGCCGAGAAACUAAAGGCGCUAUUCGGGAAAUUAGAAGGGACACUGAAUUCUUGCAAAAGAUGCGUUUGGACCAACAAAUUAAAAGUGACAUGGAGCGCAAAGAGAAGGUCAAACGUAUUUAUCAAGAAGCAUCAAUUCAACAAGGGGAACUCAACGAAUUGGAUCGUAUUAAAAAGAAAAAGAAAUUCUAACUAUUCUAAGCCACAAAUAGAUUUCUUACUAGUUAUAAUUGUUUAUAUGCUGUCCAAAUUAAUAACAAAACUAUAGUAUAUGAAAUUAAAAAUAUGAAGGC